CUCUAACCAUUUAACCCUUGUUCUGAACCCCUCUUACACCACCUUCUAAUCCAGGCCGUCCACUGACGAUUUUCUGAUGCGUUCACCACUCGAUCUGCACUUCAUUCUCACGUUCCCCCCAACCAACUCCUGGGUUAAUUUGCGAAACUGGGGAUUCGUAUAACCCAGGGGUUAUGCCAAUGGCGCAUGGUGCAUCAGAACCUUCUCUGGCACUGGGCAAAGCACAAGUCAAGAGAGUGGCAACAAACAGGAGGUUCAAGAGCGCUAGCUCCGAAUCAAGUAGGUUGUAGAAAAGAUUCAAGCAGGGCUAAGGGGUCCAAUAUUCCUUAUUUAGUGAAGCCUAGAGGCUCGUCGUUGUUCAAGAUGUCGUGGUGUACCAUUGAGUCAGACCCAGGCGUUUUUACGGAGCUGAUUCAGCAGAUGGGAGUAAAAGGGGUGCAGGUUGAGGAGCUGUAUUCCUUGGACGUUGAGUCGCUCGAGCAGCUAAGACCUGUUUUUGGACUCAUAUUCCUGUUCAAGUGGCGACCAGGCGAAAAGGAUACCAGGCCUGUUCUUCAGGAAUAUGACAGCAAUCUCUUCUUCGCAAGCCAGGUUAUCAACAACGCAUGUGCAACUCAGGCAAUCCUGGCUGUGCUUCUCAAUCGUCCGGAGCUCGAUGUCGGUCCUGAGCUUUCCAACCUCCGGGAGUUCACCGGGGGCUUCCCUCCGGAGCUGAAGGGCCUCGCCAUCAAUAACAGCGAGUCGAUACGGACAGCUCACAACAGCUUUGCGCGGCCGCAGCCAUUUGUGAGCGAUGAUGUCAAGUCUGCCAAGGAGGACGAUGACGUGUACCACUUCAUCAGUUAUCUGCCGGUUGGGGGGGUGCUCUACGAAUUGGACGGAUUACAGAAGGGGCCGAUUAGCCUGGGGCCCUGUGGGACAAGCGAGUCAGAUUGGCUCCGUCUGGUUCAGCCCGUGAUCCAGGAGCGGAUUGAGAAGUACUCGAAGAGCGAAAUUCGGUUCAAUCUUUUGGCGGUUAUCCGGAAUAGGAAACAAAUGUACUCUGAGCAGCUGGCAAAGGCGGAAGAGAAGCAGCAGAUGGUUGAAGCGGAACUUGCUGGGGUGCGAAGCGGGGCGGACGGUAUGAGAGGCGAGGCAGAGUUGCAAGCAGCGGCUGCUGACCUCCAGCACCAGAUGGACGACUUGAGGCUUCGGAUAGCGGCUGAAGACGAGAAGUUCCAGAACUGGAGGAUAGAGAACAUUCGACGAAAGCACAACUACAUCCCUUUCCUGUUCAACUUCUUGAAGAUCCUGGCAGAAAAGAAGCAGCUUCAACCCCUCAUUGAGCAAGCGAAACAGAAAUCUAAAGGCUGACCUGUUCGAGGGGGCGCACGCCAUCAGCUUUUUCUGACCGCAAGCUUCGUCGUUUAAAAUUUUGGAAUCAUUCCUUUGGGUUUUCCAAUCUUUCCGAGG